AGUCUAGUUCUAUUAUUUUGACGUAUUUGAAUAUUUAUUAUAUGAAUGAUGAUAUUUCUCACAGCCAAAUUUGACCCGCUCUUUGGAUUGUAGCAGAGAGCAUAGAAGAAGCCAAUGACCGUACUAGUUUUAUUCGCUGUCUUGUAUACAUUAUAUUUUAUGACCAUCCUUGUUCUUAGUUCCCAUUCCCAAGUGUUGAAAGAAAGGAAAGAGAGGAUGAGGAUCGAUGAUUUGCCUCGGGAAUUGGUGUCCAACGUGCUUUCAAGGUUGCCCGUGAAGGUGUUGAUGCUAUGCAAGUGCGUUUGCAAGUCCUGGUUCGAUCUCAUAACCGAUCCUCAUUUUAUUACCAAUUACUAUGUUGUCUAUAACAAUCUUCAAACCCAAGAUGAGCAUCUCUUGGUUAUUCGGAGACCCUUUCUUUCUGGCCUCAAAACAUACAUUUCUGUUCUUUCUUGGAAUGUGAAUGACCCCAAAGAACUUGUUUCCUCUGAUGUUUUGAACCCUCCCUAUGAAUACAACUCUGACCACAAGUAUUGGACCGAAAUCAUGGGUCCUUGUAAUGGCAUAUACUUCUUAGAAGGCAAUCCUAAUGUCAUGAUAAAUCCUUCUCUGAGACAGUUCAGGGCUUUGCCUGAUUCCCGUUUCACUAGUCCACAUGGGACUCAUUCUAUCACUGAUUAUGCAGGGUUUGGCUUUGACCCCAAAACUAAUGACUACAAAGUUGUUGUGGUCAAAGACCUUUGGUUGAAGGAAACAGAUGAAAGAAAACUUGGGUACUGGACAGCUGAGUUGUAUAGUCUUAAUUCCAAUUCAUGGCGAAAACUUGAUGAUGCUCUCCCACUUCCAAUUGAAAUUUGGGGUUCUUCUCGGGUUUACACUUAUGUUAACAAUUGUUGUCAUUGGUGGGGUUAUGUUGAUGAGUCUGAUAGAACAGAAGAUGUUGUUCUAGCAUUUGAUAUGGUUAAUGAAACCUUCAGGAAGAUAAAGGUACCAAGAAUCCGUUGUUCUUCUGAGGAGGAGUUUGCAACUCUUGCACCCUUCAACGAAUCUGCUACAAUUGGUGUCAUUGUUUACCCCGUAAAGGGAACAGAGAAGCGCUUUGACGUGUGGGUGAUGAAAGAUUACUGGGACCAAGGGUCUUGGGUUAAGCAAUACAGUGUUGGACCCGUGCUAGUGAUUUACAAGCUCGUGGGGUUUUAUGGGAGCAAUCGAUUUCUUUGGAAGGACAGCAACGAAAGGUUGGUGCUUUAUGACUCGGAACAAACAAGGGAUCUUCAGGUUUAUGGAAAGUAUGAUUCAACAAGAGCUGCGAGGUACAUGGAAAGUCUUGCUUCACUUCACAGGGGAAACGAAAUUGGUCACCAAUGUUUUUCGUGUAGUUUUGUUCCAGACCCUUUACUACAUCAAAGUGAGUGAUCUUUGUUUGUUUCCUUUUUAUAAAUUGAACUAGAAUUGAUUUUUCAGAGACUUUGUUAGGGACUUUGGUCUGCUUUAGUGCUUGUAGAUCCAGAGCCUUUUAGUUAGUUGUCACGCAAGAUGACAUUAUCUGAUAGCAUCUUUGAUGUAUUAGUUAAAUAAUAGUUUUCUUGUUGAAGAAACUCAGGUUUUUGCACGACCAAGGAGGCGCAGGUGUUAGCACUUUCGUCUUUUGAAUGUUAGAAAUUGAAACUUAAGAUUGUUGAAUGUGCAUCAAUCUUCGUUUUAGAUGGUCCAACAAAAUUAAAAUAUUUAUAUUACAAAUUAAUUGCAUUAAUUUUUAUUUAAUUUUCAUGAAUAAAAUAUUAUCUACAAAAAAUGAUGCAAUUUAUUUUAUGGAGAAUCUUUUAUUGAUUUCUUCUUGUUAUGGAAGUUGUGGAAACUGGAGACUUCCACUUAAGGAUGAUCUCAAUGCUAGUAACUAUCUUGCCUUGGCUUUGUUUUUCGUCAAUACAUAAACUGAAUCGUUAUAUUUGAUUGGAAAGUAUUGUUUAGACGUCCAAAAAUAAACAUUUAAAGUUGUUUUUUUAUAUGAUUUAUAAUGUAUUUUUAGGAUUAUUUAUAUAAAAAGAUAAAAAAAAAAAGUUACAGAUAAAAAAUAAUUAUGUAGAAUAUUAUAUAUAUAAUGUCAAUUUUUAAUUUUCCAAACAACCAAAAUAUAUUUAAGGAGGAUAUGUAAGUUUUACAUAAAUUUAUCUAUUAUCUAAAUUGCUAUAAACGAACUACACGACGUCAAAAGUAGAGCUUUAAAGUUUUAUUUUUAUUUAAACGAUUUCUUUAAGUAAAAAAAAAUAUUUGAUUAAACAAUUCACUUAAGCAAAUAUUUAUAUACGUUGCUUUUAUUUUUCUCUUACUCACUUUCUUCUCUUUUAUCAUUCAAAACUUCAAUUGCUACAACUCCUUCAACCUAUCUCCUCCGUUCUCCUUUUGCUCCUUAUUUCACACUUCAUAAUCAUACACCUUUAUCAUUUUCAUAUGAUUUUCACUGCAUGGUCACUCCCAUUAUUUUUUAAUAUCUAUUUCUAUUACAAACAAAAUUGUUCAAUAAUUAUGUCCUUUCUAUCUCUAGCAUUCCUCUCUCUUAUUUUCAAUGGUCAAGUUAAUUCCCUCUUUUUCAUCACUCUUUGGAUUUAGAAUUUGAAUUGAUAUAGUAAAUAUGUUUUUAUUAUUCACUAUUGUUCGUGAAUAA